CGAUGAAUUGUACCGAUUGCUUUUGGUGGUAAGAAAAGAUCAUAUAUUUACUGACAUUCUAGUAUGUGCGUUGGCGUUUGGUUGGAUGGUAUGGGCCCGUUAUGAUAUGACGCGAUGCACGACUUGACUGCUUACUAUUUCUUUUCCCUUAGUGUUUUAGGUGCAGGUAUUGAUUUGACUGACGCAUUGCUUGCAUGUGCCGAUGGACACGACUUACCGAGCGGGGUUCUCGACCCCAGCCAGCUUAUUUACGAUUUACGACGUGACGAAAUAAAGGGUAGAGGGCGUUAUUCUACUCGCAUGGGUUGCCCUUGUCUUAUGAUUUUUCGUUCUCUCUUUGUUAGUUAUGCUGUUUGUAUCUAGCGUUGUCGGUUUAAUAUAUUUUGAUGGGUUCUACUCUGUGCACACUCGGUCCAGCCUCAAGAAUUCUCCGAUCUUCACUAUGUUUUAGACUCUAGAUCGUGAGAAACAUGCAAAAGAACAUCUGCAUAGAAUCUGUG